GCCUCUUCCCGCCUGAUGAUUCGCCUUUGCCAGUCUCAUCCCGAGUCUGCUUUGUUAAGUUCCAUGAUCCGGACUCAGCAGUUGUGGCACAGCAUCUGACAAACACUGUAUUCGUUGACAGAGCUUUGAUAGUCGUACCAUAUGCAGAAGGUUUGUGCUUUGUUUAACUUACCUAUGUGGGCAUCCUAUGAUGACCAUCUACCUCAGUGUAGUUUUAGAGUGAGCACUAGUAGCAUGUUAAAAAUCUAAGCUAUUAACAUUUUGAAACCCUUGUUAUACUGUGGUCCAUAUUUUUACUUGAAGGCUUUCUUUUUAACUUAAAAAUUCAAAAUCAGGUCUGUUUGUAUAAGAUAUUUAACCUUUUGAAUUAUUUUAAAGCAUUUUCAAGUUCAUUAAAACCAUAUCCCUAAUAUCUACUUAGUUAAUUUAAUGAUGUUUUAUGAAAAAGUCCUGAAGGUGAACAGUUCACGCCAUGCAUAUUUACACAGAAACCUUCAAAUAAAUGCAUGAUGUUGUUUCUGUUUUGAAUAAAUGUGACCAGGUUGGUUUUAUUCCUUAGUGAUUCCUCUUAGUGAUUCUUCUCACUGAUAACUUUAAAAAAUAUAUCCCACAUUGAAGUUCAGUAUACCAAGGGUCGCAAUGAUUUUGGUUUUUAUGAAAGUUCAAGAUUUCCUAUAGCUUAGGUGCCAGAUGGGCACUGGGUGUUUUGUUUUUAUGCCAGAUUUUCUUGUUCAUUCUUGCUAUAUUUUCUAGAAUAUCUCUAAAUAAUAAAUUCUUCUCUCUGUUAUUUGUGUGUGUGAUUUUUGUAGUGGAGAAGGCAAAUGCAAAACUCUUCCAGAUGACUGAAAAACAGUGGGUCCUCUGCAGCUACAGGGGAUUCUAGACAUUAACUAAAGGCCAGCAAGCACUCAAGUCCCCCAGGUGUUUUCCUGGUGUAACCAUUUGUUAACUACAUUUUUCUCUCUUUUUACAUUUUAGGCUGUUUAAAGUAAUUUGGCAGAAAAAUAAUGAGCAGGGUUUUUGGAUCUAAAAAAGCCACUGUGACAAGACAGCACUCUAUUAAUUCCAUUUUGUAAAAUUUUCUAAGACAUAUAUUAGUUUGUUCCCAAUGUACUGCUACUUUAUUUGCUUUUUGGUAACUAUAAAUUUGAGUCAAAGAAGUCACUGAAAUAUGUUAAAACUACUGGAUUUUAUUAACAUAUAUGCUGACCGGGAUAUAAAUGCUUUCCCCUUUCCUUAGUGAACUGGUCAGUGGAAGCAGAAUCUUGAUAUUGUUAACUUUAGAUACUAUCUUAGAUCUUUGAAUACCGAUGUGAACAUUUACACCAUUCCUUGUAAAAGUUGUGAAAUGUCUAGUCCUUAAAACUUAGAAAAAUUGCCUCUGUGGUUUUGUAAAGAAAUUAAAUUGCAUUCAUAGUUGGGUUAAGGCAUGCUAUAUAAUAACAGUAAAUCUAUGUCCGUGAUAUUAAAGUGUAUGAGCCCAAUUUUAAGGUUUUAAAAUAUAUAUAUGCUGAUAAACUUAUGAGUUAGUAUGUUUUGAUUAAGCAUUUUCUUUUAUAUCAGUGUGCCUGUUGUAGGAUAAGACUUUUCACCAAGAGAAAAUUUACAGAAUUCAAAUUUAGGAUAAGUAAAAUGUAGAACAUAGCUUUUGGAACAAGGGUCAAAUCAUGUGAGUAAUUUACAAAACAUUAGUUAGCCUUUUAAUUUAAAGAAUUCUUAUUGGCUAAGUAUUAUAGUUCCCAAGCCCUGAACAUAAUACAGUAUAUCAUAUAACUGGCUUUCAUAAAUAUUUUUAGACCAUAAUAAUUUUUCUGGAUCUGUUUUGAAAGUGAAAUAUUUAGGGAGUACAUAUAUAGAAUUACAGAAAUAUUUAGUUCCAGAAUCUAUUAGUGUGUUACUGUAAGUUUUGGUAUGGUAUGCUGUAUUAAUGUUACCUCCGCGAAAUAUCUGAUGUACUCAAUCCCUUUGUCACCAUUCACCCUGGUUUUAGCUCUUACGCUUUGGUGUUGGUUCUUGGUCAGUGUUUUAGAACAAUAGACACAAAGUCUACGGUAAGGAAUAGUCUUAACUGGUAAAACUGAGAUAGCUGGAUUUGGAAGGAACUCUUAAUAGUAAUGGAUUUGGGGAUUAUUUAGGUUCCUUGGUUAAUGUUUGUUUCUUUUGUCUGUUUCUUUUUCUUUCGUUUCUACACAUUCAUGCAGUAUUUCAUGGUUCUAUCAAAGCAGCAGUAAAAAAAAAUACUCUUGACGCAUGAAAAUUAACUGUUCUUUUCCCUGGUUCAGCCUGAACUAUAUACCAGGCCCUGCUGAAAAUACCACCCAACAGUUUUCUUCUGCAGCUUAUCCAGUUUCUCUUAAGUGCCCUGUACAUAUUGUAUGUUUUAUGAUGAGAUGCAGUUUCUUAAUAUGUAUUACAGAAAUCCUACUGGUAUUUGCAAAUAUGUAGUUUAAUUGUAUUAUUGAACUCUCAUUUUGGGGGCUUGGGCACAUUAACAGAUUAAUCCAUCUGUAUAGGGCUUUUGCUGUUGGAUAGAAUUUAAAUUGUCUACAUAAAUAUUUGUCUUAGGGCCCUUAGAUUUGAUCUGAAUACACAGAUAAGGCUUUAAAAACAGACAUACAUGUUGUUUUUGGCUUAAGGAGUUUGGCUAAGUUAGCUUUUCAACUGACACUAUGUAGCAGCAUUUUUGGUGUGGUUAGCAUGGCACAUGUUGGAACAUAAAGCAUUUUACUGUACAGGUAAGGAAUGUGCCAUGUUGUUUUACUUAUUCUCUCUCUUUCUCUCUCACUCACUCACUCCCACACACACCCUGUGUGUAUUCAGAGACCUUCAGAAACAUUCAUAUUCAUUUUCAUGAGUCAGCAAAAGCCCUACGCUUGAUUCCAACAGAAUAUUUCCUUUACAUACUUUUCUUCUCUUAAUUUUUACAAAAUUUGUAUGGUAGGUGUAAAAGAAAAUCAUAGUAACUGUACCAUAUUAUUAACCCCUAAAUCAAACUUUUUUUGUCUUGUGUAUCUUGAUUUUUCUGUGUGCUUUAUAGUGAAGCAGCCGACACGAGUCGUUGUUCAUAAAACAGCUUUUGAAAGUUGAGAGCACACCCCUGGAGAACCGACUGUGCUUGCUUACGUUUGGUUCAUGACUUAAAAAUCGAGUACAGGAGUUAUUCCUGAUGAGACUAAGGCUUUGUCUCUGUUGGCACCAGCUAAUGCAGUGGCAGGUCUUCUGCCUGGUGGUGGACUCCUGCCUACUCCUAACCCACUUACCCAGAUUGGCGCAGUUCCAUUGGCUGCUUUGGGAGCUCCUACUCUUGAUCCUGCCCUUGCUGCACUUGGGCUUCCUGGAGCAAACUUGAACUCUCAGUCUCUUGCUGCAGACCAGUUGCUGAAACUUAUGAGUACUGUUGAUCCCAAGUUGAAUCAUGUAGCUGCUGGUCUUGUUUCACCAAGUCUGAAAUCAGAUACCUCUAGUAAAGAAAUAGAGGAAGCCAUGAAGAGAGUACGAGAAGCACAGUCCCUAAUUUCUGCUGCUAUAGAACCAGAUAAGAAAGAAGAAAAACGAAGGCACUCGAGGUCAAGAUCACGUUCUAGGAGGAGGAGGACUCCCUCAUCUUCUAGGCACAGGCGGUCAAGAAGCAGAUCAAGGAGGCGAUCACAUUCUAAGUCAAGGAGUAGACGACGAUCCAAAAGUCCAAGAAGGAGAAGAUCUCAUUCCAGAGAGAGGGGUAGAAGGUCCAGGAGCACAUCAAAAAACAGAGACAAAAAGAAAGAAGACAAAGAAAAGAAACGUUCCAAAACACCACCAAAAAGUUACAGCACAGCCAGACGUUCCAGAAGUGCAAGCAGUUUGCACAUUUGUGGUUCUAGAGAGAGACGACGACGAAGAAGCAGAAGUGGCACAAGGUCUCCUAAAAAGCCUAGGUCUCCCAAAAGAAAAUUGUCUCGCUCACCAUCCCCUAGGAGACAUAAAAAGGAGAAGAAGAAAGAUAAAGACAAAGAAAGAAGCAGAGAUGAAAGAGAACGAUCCACAAGCAAGAAGAAGAAAAGUAAAGAUAAGGAAAAGGAACGGGAAAGAAAAUCAGAGAGUGAUAAAGAUGUAAAACAGGUUACACGGGACUACGAUGAAGAGGAACAGGGGUAUGACAGCGAGAAAGAGAAGAAAGAGGAGAAGAAACCGACAGAGCCAGCUUCUCCUAAAGCAAAAGAAUGUUCUGUGGAAAAGGGAACUGGUGAUUCACUAAGAGAAUCCAAAGUGAAUGGCGAUGAUCAUCAUGAAGAAGACAUGGAUAUGAGUGACUGAAUAUUGCCUCUGUGGGAAUCCACCUGUAUACAUGCAUCAGUGUCAUUCCUCUGUGUGAUUUCUUAAUGCUGUAUUUGUUCAUCUCAAAUCUAGAUGUAUACAGCUCUGAGUCAUAAAUGGUUAUAAAGCUCUUGAUGUUGAUAUUAGUUAUUUACAUCCAAAAGCUUUUACAAAAAUGAUACAUGGGUAACCAGUUCUUGACAGGUUGAAAUCUGAUUGAGUAAACAAGCAGUUUUACUAUUCUGGUGCUGCUUCAUAACAAAAAUGAAAAGCUGCAUGCAUCUACAGCAGGCAUGGAUUGUUUAUGUUGUAUGAUCUCCUUUAUUAAGUUCACUUAUAGUAUUUCUAGAAUUUGAUUCAUUGCCGUAAUAGAGCCAUGUAGGGAAUGCACUGAUUGCAUGUUAAUUGUGGCAGGAAUAUCCUAAAUGUCAUUCAAAUCCUCCAACAUGAUGGAUCUACUUAUGGUCUUGUUUGUUGACAUGACAAAUUAACAUUCUUAUAGUUACAUCUGGAAAUGAGCAUUUGAAAUAGAUAAUCCUUUGAGCCUUGUGGCUAAAUUUUUGUGGCUUUUGUUUAACUUUGAAAGGUUAUAUAUGCACUAACCUUUUUUGAUGGCUAUAAUUAGGCUUUAAGUACAGAAACAAGAUUUCAAAUGAAACUGUCUUUGGCAGUAAGUAAAUAGCAUAUUUUGAAGUAGAGUUGUAUACUUUUUCAUAAGGUGUUUGGGAAUUUUUUUUCCUAAAAUAAUUUAUUGAACAUCUACAUCAGUGAAAGUUAUCUGCCUAUCCUGAAGUCCAUCUGUAAAAGAAAGUUAUCUCUUGUCCUGAUUUUCAGUUGUCCACUCUUUUAUUAAUUUGUUUUAAUCUCAUUGUUGGAAAAGGGGGAUAGUGCAUUUUAAAUUGACCUUCAUAUGCUUUUAAAAAUAAGACAAAUCUACUUGAUAAUGUACUUUUUAUUUGAUCUCGAGUUGUAUAAAACCAAUAAAUUUUGUGUUACUGUUACUGCAGUAGUAAUCUUAUGCACACAGUGAUUCCAUGUUAAAUGCAAAGUAGUUAGGCAACUGUUUUCUUACAGGAGUUUCCAAGCUUCACUUUUGUGCAGUAAAAACAAAAGUAGGCUACAGUCUGUGCCAUGUUGAUGUACAGUUUCUGAAAUUGUUUUACAAGACUUUGAUAAUAAAACCCUUAAACUUA